AUGUGGGUUGUACCAAGACCUCAGGGGCCUGUGUUUUGGUCUAAUAUUUUGGAGAACUUUAACGACGACCAGUGGCAACAGCAUUUUCGAAUGUCAAGAAACACCUUUGAAUUUAUUUUGCAACAAGUUGAUCAAAGCCUGACACGUAAGUCUACCAACUGGAGAAAGCCCAUACCACCACGCCAUCGAUUGGCUAUUGUUUUGUGGUGGUAUGCAACCCCUGGCGAGUACCGUACCAUCAGUUGUCUUUUUGGUGUCGGACUGUCCACUGUUUGUACACUGGUUUACGAGGUCACCGCGGCAUUAAAGAGAAUGCUUUUAAAAUGUUUCAUCGCCUUACCCAAGGGGGAAGCUCUUCAACAGGCGAUAAAUGGGUUCGCUGCACGUGGGUAUCCUGCACGUGGGUAUCCGUGGGUAUGUGCUGGUGCAAUAGAUGGCAGCCACAUUCCUAUUAUUGCUCCACAAGAAGAUGCGACGGCGUAUUAUAAUCGCAAGGGAUGGCAUUCGAUUGUACUUCAGGCUGUUGUGGACCACAAUUUCUGUUUUACAGAUAUAUAUGUGGGCUGGCCUGGUCGCACGCAUGAUCCUCGUGUUUUAUCCAAUUCUCCCAUCUUCAAAAUGGCAGAAGAACAAGGCGGAUACUUGUUUCCUCAUGAGAACUCCAUGUCAGUGAACGGAGUCGAUGUUCCUGUCCAUUUAAUUGGUGAUGCUGCAUACCCUCUCAAGAACUGGCUUAUGAAGGGUUUCACAAACCACAAUACGCUAACCCCUCAACAACGUCAUUAUAACUAUCGACUGAGUUCAGCACGGAUGGUUGUGGAGAAUGCCUUUGGUCGCCUUAAAGGUCGUUGGAGGUGCUUGCUAAAGCGCAAUGAUGUCGACACUGUUUUGAUGUCGGAUGUUGUUGCUGUGUGUUGUGUUUUGCAUAAUAUUUGCGAGAUAAACAAAGAACAUUUCUUGCCUGACUGGAACAUUACAGAUGCUUUGCAAGAGCCAGAACAAGAUAUGUUUCAGGGGGUGGGAGGGCCUAAUUCACAAGCUAUUCGUGCAGCUAUAAUGACUCUCCUGUAAUCUUGGUACCUUGUUUAUAUGGCAUGAUGAAGCAUUGUUACCCUGAAACUUUCCGUUGUUUACUUUUUUACUGUUUAUACGUGUGUGAUAGGAUUGAUGUACUGAAUAAACAUGAUUGAGAACAUAUAUUUUUGUUGUUCUUUAAUGUUGGUAACUAUAUAUGACACAGAAUUUAUGUAUAAUUGGCUGAAGCACCCUAAUUGCCAUAAACAAUGGCAGCAUAUUAUAUUUUAUUUUGUGAAGUGUACUUGGACUGAACUUAUACCAGACACUAAAUAAAAUGGAUGUUUAAGAUGCCUUAUUUGAAAUGUACCUUACUCAUGUAUCAGUAUCAUAACUUUGUCUCAAGAUCCA